AUGGAAAAUUUUUUAUUAACUUUCGAACCAGUAGCAACUAUUACAGUUGCAACUGCCUUGUAUAAACGUGUAACUCAGGACGUUGAAAAAGUGAAACAACUUGUUCCAAACGAAGAUUCGUUGCGUCUAGAAAAACUCCGAAGUUUUGGAGAAGGUGAAGUUUUAGAACAACGGGUAAUAACUGCAGUUGAAGAUAUGGCCUCACUUUUAGAGUUGAAUGCUUUAAACGUGGAUAUAGAAUCUUGGAUCGAUGAUGCAGAAAACAAUUUAAAUAUGUUAAAGGGGAAUGUAGCUCAUGCCGUAGCAAACGCAAAUACGGAGGACGAGAAACUUCUAUGGCAAAGACUGGAGAAUGAUUUAAAGACUGUUAAAUUGAAUAAACUGCCAUAUAAUCACCCACUUUGCUCUGGUAUAUUAGAUAUCGAGUCAUCACCUAUCUCUGAUCUGCCGGAAACUCUUCGUGAUGUUUUUGAAAAAAAUACCAAACUAAAAUUUUGUAUGGAUAACAAUGAAAUGUUAUUGCAAACUUGCGAAGAGUAUAUUCAAGAGGUAAGUAUUAGAGUAGAGGAACCACUAUUGGAAGCUCCUGAUCCUCCAUUCGGCCAAUGGAUAGAGAAUUCUGAAAAGUUGAAAAAUAUAACGAAACGAUUAUUGGAAACAUUGUAUCAGGUUUGGAUUUCGCCAAAAUAUAAGUCGUAUGUUUUAAACCAGACGGCUAUAAAUGAGGGAUCAUAUGUUUGCGAAGUUUUAGCACCGUUAUUUAGCAUUGUCUUAGGUGAUUUAUUAGUAAAAGAUGAGACAUGGAGGAUAUGGGGCGAUAUGGCGAGUUGGCCCGAUACCAUACAAAAAGGUGAUUCACGUAUCGCAUGUAGACCAGAUCUUAUGUUUAUUGCAUAUUUAAAUGAUCAAAGAAUUGAUCUUUUAAAUAUGGAGACUGGUCGCCCCAAUUCUCCUAAACGAAAACAGAAAAAAGAUCAUUUAAAGUUAGCGCGACUUGCAAAAAAUUCGAUAGAUUUUGCAAGAACCCAUCUUAAGCAAUACAUUAAAAAGGGAAUAUUGAGUAAUUUGUUAUCAAUAUUUUCUAUCAAUGUCGCUGGGGAUGAUUUAAGAAUUUAUAAUAUGUGUAUGGAAUAUGGAAUUCUUAAAAAUUGCCUACUAACCCGAGCGACUAUACCAUUACACACAGUAUCAGCUGAUACUGUUUAUCCACUUAUUCAUUCGUUGCUUACUUUAAGGAAGCUUUCUGUUUACCUUGAAAACAAGUCGGAAAAUAGCGAUAAUUCUGAUGAAAAAACGGCUAAAACAAUCAAUCCUCCCAAAAGGCGCAAAUCCAACCUAAAAUUAAAAUCGAAAAAAAGCUCAAAUUUCAAGAAA